CUCUCGUUGGUUUCAAAUUCAAGUUUUCUCAAACACCCAUUUGGAGAAACGUUCAAAAAUACCAACUUUAAUCAAUCCAUUUUCCUCUUCUCUUCUUUUCUUGAAGAAACCAGGAAUUCAGUUUCUUGAUAUAUCAUCAUAUCAAGAACAUCGGUUACAACUCAUCCAUGGUUUCUUCCACAUUUUGAAGAAUUCCCAUCUUUAAUGAUGUACCCAAUUCAAAGAAAUACGGAUUUACCCUUCGAAAUCCAACCAGAAAUCAGAAUUUUAAGGCCUAGUAUUCAUGCGAGAAGGGCAAAUCUUGUGGUAAAAUUUCAAGAUCUUUAUGGAUUUACAGUAGAAGGCAAUGUUGAUGACGUAAAUGUAUUGAAUGAGGUUAGAGAAAAGGUGAGGGAACAAGGUCGAGUUUGGUGGGCAAUGGAAGCUAACAAAGGGGCAAAUUGGUAUUUACACACUUAUGGAUCAUCUUCUAUUGCCCUUACAUCGUCCCUUAGGUUUUCUGUUUUAGUGAAUGCAAUGACAUUAAAGAAGCUUAUUCGAAAAGGUAUUCCUCCAUCUUUAAGGCCCAAAGUUUGGUUUUCUUUAUCUGGAGCUGCUAAAAAGAAAUCAACGGUGCCUGAUAGCUAUUAUAAUGAUCUCACCGGAGCUGUUUCGGACAAAAUUACCCCUGCUACCAAACAGAUCGAUCAUGAUCUGCCACGUACUUUUCCCGGCCAUCCGUGGUUGGACACGCCGGAGGGCCACGCCGCCGUGAGAAGGGUUCUUGUGGGGUACUCUUUUCGUGAUUCCGAUGUUGGUUAUUGUCAGGGUUUAAAUUAUGUUGCAGCAAUGUUAUUGCUUGUGAUGAAAACCGAAGAAGAAGCUUUUUGGAUGUUAGCAGUUCUUCUAGAAAACGUAUUGGUCAACGAUUGUUACACAGAUAAUUUAUCAGGAUGUCAUGUCGAACAAAGAGUGUUUAAAGAUUUGCUAACACAAAAAUGUCCAAGGUUGUCUGCACAUUUAGAAACAUUGGGGUUCGAUGUUUCCCUUGUAGCCACCGAGUGGUUUCUUUGUUUGUUUUCUAAAAGCCUGCCUUCAGAGACGACAAUGAGAGUGUGGGAUGUUCUCUUUUACGAAGGGGCUAAGGUUUUGUUUAAUGUAGCUUUAGCUAUUUUUAAGAUGAAGGAAGAAGAGCUGUUAGUGACAUAUCACGUUGGGGAUGCGAUUAAGAUAAUACAAAAUACCACCCAUCAUUUAUUUGAUCCCGAUGACUUGUUAACCAUUGCCUUUGAUAAAAUAAACUUUAUGACAACCAAUUUAUCUAAGCAAAGGAAAAAGCAAGAAACGGUGGUAAUGGCGGAACUUGAUCAGAGAUUAAGACGAUUAAAUACUACUAAACUGAGUGUUAAGAGUUGAUGUAUGUGUAAGUUUUUAAAUGUACCAUAUGUGAAAAUGUUGUUACGAUAGUUGCAGGAUUGAAAUGAAUAUUUUGGGAUUUAAAUCUUUGGAUUUUAUAAUUUAAGUCAUAAAGAUGACCAUUUUGUGCU